AAUCGGUCGAGCGAAAACGGUAUCAAAUAAAACAUGGCGGCUGGAUGGAGACUCGGCGACCGGCAUCGAUAUCUCGGACGGGAAAUAAGAUCGUGUGAAAAUGACACAAUCCACGCAAACGCUAGAGGAACUCGACAAUUGUUUUGCGAGAACGGCAGGGAACAUCAUGAAAUAUUGCGAUGACGAGAAAGAGAUGCAGACGAUGUUAAAGAACUUACGAGAGGCCGUAGCGGAGAAUUGUAUGCAGUACGCGAGAAUGAAGGCCGCGGAUCAGAUCAAGGAGGGGCUGGAAUGCAUGUCCGAGUACGAGUUGCAACGAGACGCGAAGAACCUCACAAAAGAUUAUAAAAAGAAGGUGUCCGAAAUCCAAGUUGAUCUAUCCAAAGACAACAGACUGUUGCAGUAUGACCGUCAGAUCGAGGACCUGCUUCAAGCCAAUAAAGCUGCGCUGAGUAACGGAGCGGGUGACGCAGACGCUGAUAUACAACUGACAUGCAGCGAAAUAAAUGUGAUCGAUCCGAUCUCGAAGACGAGAAUGACCGAUCCUGUGAAGAAUACGGCCUGUGGCCACGUAUACGACAGAGAGAGCCUCGUCGCGAUGCUGCAAAAGAACAAAAACACCAAAUGUCCCGUGGUGGGCUGCACCAACACGGACUACAUAGUUUUGAGUCGAUGCCGCCCCGACAUCGUGACAAAAAUGUACCUGGAGAAUUGUCCUGCUUAGAGAGCAGUGGUUUAAAAGACAGUCUAUAAAAGAUGAUACACAUAAUAUAUGCAUUCUAGAUUCGACUGUAUACCGCGUUUAUGUACUGCGUACUCUCACUUUGAUUACGUAUGGAUUAAGAAAAAUUAUUUUUUUAUUAUUACGUGAGAGAGUUGCUCUGUUGUCGAAUUUACGUACUCGUUGAUUAUAAGAUACAAUAUAUAUUUUUAAGAUUACACAAUAUAUCAUAUAAUGUAAUACUAAGAUUAGAAUACAAUACUAAGCAAUAUUUUUC